AUGCAAAGCAAAGAAAACUUGGAACAUAACUCUCCCACCUUUACAAAUGGAUCAUGUGAAUCUUUAACUAACAUGAAUAAUUGUUCUUUGUUGACCUUGACUUCAGAAAUCUUGGCCGAAAUAUGUGAAAAUCUUUCACCUAAAGAUCUUUACACUUUAACUAUAGUUUGUAAAAAACUUCGACAUUUUUUAUGGGCUACUUCGGGUUUUACUCAACAAAUCUGGCGCAAGUCUAGAAUAUCAAUAUAUUCACAAGAUUCGAUAUCACCACCUAAAGGAAUUUGUGAACAACAAUAUAUUUGGUUGAAAGAACUGGGCAACUCAUGCCACGUAUGUAGAGUUCAAUUAGACCAAUCUGAACGACAUUUAGUCUGGGAAUUCAAAAGAUUAUGUUGCAAACCCUGCUUACUAGAGAAAACCACAAGCUUUGAGGAUCUUUUACAAAAAAAUAUUCCUAAAGAUGUACUUGAUUGCCUUCCUAAUAUUGAUAUUGAUGAUAUAAAGAAAUCUAUGGACUUUUCUGCAAUUUUUGUCGUUACUUUACCUGGAAGUCGAGGUUCAAAUCCACAUUAUUGGACUUCCGAUGUUCACGAAGCUUAUCGUGAAUAUAAUGCGUUGAAUGACAAUGAGAGAGAAGAAUGGGUUGAGAAAAAAGGAGCAGAGGUCGAAGAAUUUAAUCGUGCUAUCAAUGAAAUGGAAGACAAGAGAAGGAACGAUCUUAUUACAAGCUUAGUGAGUGACUCUAAUGACUCUGAUGCUCUAAGAUUAUGUCGUAAUUUAUGGGAAUUGAACCGACUUUUAACAAGUCAAAUCGAACAUCUUAUGUCACGUUGUUGA